CGGAGCGGAUCUUCCAUCCCGAGCUUUGUGCCACGCAAGUGUCUAGCAGGAUGCAUUCCGCUGCACUGCUACUGCUUUACUGCAUUGCUGCCGCUUUCGGCAGCAGCGAGAUUGGCAGUGAUGGGAUGCUCAAGGCUGCUGCAGGAGUUGACACAUCCAUGCCGAUGACGUCCUUUUCGUCGCUAGAGGAUGUGUUUGAGCAGCACAUCCCAGAGAAGGAGCGAACACAGGUCAUGAGGGUGCUCUACGGCAAGGGCAGGUGAGAUGAAUGGACCAACGAAAUGGUGACGGCGAUCUUGCUGCGCUGCAUGAGUGUGCUGUUGUAGAGGGGCGCUGGAGGUGGCUGAUGAUGUGGUCGAGUUGGCCGACGCCAACAACUUUCAGGUCAAGCUCGAGUCCAUGGUCAACCUCACCGCACAGGAAGAGGUAACACACAGACAGAGAGACAGACAGACGCUCAUGCAGACAGUCAGGCAGGCGCACCGUUUGUCUGCCUGUGUGCUCUGUCUGUGUGUCUGUGUGUCAGAUGCGCGCCCCUCGUGUGGUGAGGAUAGCGGUGGUGCAGAACUCCAUCGCCCUGCCAACCACAGACCCCAUCUCUGAGCAGUACCAGGUGGGCACACCACACCACACCACACCACACGACACCGGAAGUCAUCUCUUCUUUGCGUGUGUCUGUCGUGUGGGCGUCAGGCGCUGGUUGACAAGAUCGAGAAGAUGAUCGAUGCGGCCGGUAUGAUGGGGGUCAACGUGUUGGCGCUGCAGGAGGCGUGGCCGAUGCCCUUCGCCUUCUGCACGCGCGAGAAGCACAGGUGGAUGGAGUUCGCCGAGUCGGCCGAGUCGGGCCCCUCGACGCAAUUUCUCAAACACAAGGCCAAGCAGUACAACAUGGUCAUCAUCAACCCCAUACUCGAGAGGGACGAAGGUGGGUGCGGCGCUUACACGCACCGUGCACAAGCCACUUUGUCCGUGUGUGUGUGUGUGUGUGUGUUGGUGGCAGCGCACCAGGACCGGAUAUGGAACACGGCUGUGGUGAUAGGCAACAACGGCAACUACAUCGGCAAGCACCGCAAGAACCACAUACCACGAGUGGGCGACUUCAACGAGGCCACCUACUACCUAGAGGGUACGCGGGGUACCCAAACUCGCAAGGCAGACAGGCAGACGCACAGGGUGGGCGGCCUCCCUGAGGCGUUGGUGUCUUGUGCGCUCAGGCGACACCGGCCAUCCUGUCUUCGAGACCGUCUACGGCAAGUAAGCAGCCGCAGCCAGCAUCAGUGGCUGCGCGGUGUGUGCGAGUGUAUCUGUGGUCGUGUGUUGGUGCGGUUGGCGUUGGUCCACCGAUCAUCGCUUCAGGAUAGCGGUCAACAUCUGCUACGGGCGGCACCAUCCCCUCAACUGGAUGGCCUUCGCCAUGAACGGGGCCGAGAUCAUCUUCAACCCAUCCGCAACGGCAAGACACACACACACACAUCACACACAACCACUACCACAUGCAUCCAUCUCUAUCUCUCUCUCUCUGUGUGUGUGUGUGUGUCCGAUCAGGUGGGUGAGUUGUCCGAGCCGAUGUGGCCAAUAGAGGCCCGCAACGCCGCCAUCGCCAACACGGUCUUUGUGGCCGCCAACAACCGAGUCGGCACAGAGGUGUUCCCCAAUGAGUUCACUUCAGCCGACGGGAAGAAGGCACACAAAGACUUCGGUAAUGUCGCAGGCAGACAGACAGACAGACAGAGAGUAGCUCAUCAGCCGACGUGUGUAUGUGUGGUCACGUCAGGUCACUUUUACGGGUCUAGCUACGUGGCUGCCCCCGAUGCGUCGAGGUCAUCCUCGUUGUCCCGGCUGCGCGACGGAAUCCUGGCAGUCGACAUCGACCUCAACCUCAUCAGACAGGUGGGCAACGAAACUCGAGCCGACAUUGCCCCACCCACACACGCACGCGGCCUUGUGUGUGUGGUCUCACUGGUCGUCUCGUCAGGUUCGGGAUAGGUGGAUGUUUCAGAACACGGCUCGGUACGAGAUGUACGCGCAGCUCCUCAACCAGUACAUCAGACACGACUUCAAAGUCAGCGGCCAGCGCACACACAGACAAGACAAGGAAAGGAGUGCAUCCGUGUGUAUCGCAUCGGUAGCCUUUCUGUCUGUGUGGGGAUUGAUUUGAUGCCUGCAGCCCGAGUUGGUCCGCGACCCGGCUCUGGAUGACGCCAGGUUACCCUCCAGCACGGCAGCCAUACCGCUGUCCACCUGCACGGCCGACUACUGCACAGCUAAGUGACACAAGUGCUGGAGGGGCGGCUGGGCGGCGGGAUGCGUCUGCUUGCGCCGUGGGCUCGUUUGUUUAUUGAGAGGUUUAUAGCGGUCUGGUGGUCUGUCGGUGGUCGAUGUGCGUGGCAUGGAUAUCAUCGGCUGCGCCUUUUUGCGCAGCGGCCAAACCUGUAGGUACCGAAUCUGUAGUACCUGUAGCUAGCCUGUGCAGUGCAAGGCGUGUGUAUAUGAGCUGCACAGGCAUGGAGAUAUCAAUUGCUGACAUGACUGAUAGCUACUGGCUCAUAUGGUGCAAUCGUGGGGGACGGAAUGGUUCAUUCAGACACACGCUUCGCCCUGAUUGUGCAUCACUGCCGUGUUAUGUAUCGUCUCUUAUCUAUGCCGUGGCGUGUCGGUGUCUCCUGCGUGUGGCCGCCCCGUUCUUGCCCUGAUUUGGCGAGGCUGCCUCACAGUAGCUACAAAUCGAGAGAAAUCGACAAAUUGGAUAUCUGGAUGUGAACGGACAAUCAGAUGGCUCUGUGGCUUUUCACUUCGUCCAACAAACC